AGUCUUUUUGAAAUCUCCUGCGAGAGCAGAACGGCCAGAAAGAAUUAAAAAAUGUUUCCUUUGCCUACUCUCGGCUGCCUGCUGGUUCUCACCUGCUCCCACGCCUUGUUAAAUAUAUCUGAGGAAUAUCCGACUGCCAUAAAGUUCGACCAGAAGGAUGACGUGACAGACGGAGACUUUAGCUACGAAGAUCAGGACAACUGGGGAGGCAUAUGUCAGACGGGAGACGCACAGUCGCCUAUUUAUCUGAAUGAAGAAACUGUCGUGAACAUGGACGUCCCACGCGUUCGCUUCAACUACUAUAAUGGUACCCUGCAAAUGCCUCUGGUUCUGUCGAACAAUGGCCACACAGCCAGCUUGGAAAUAACACCCACCCAGCUGGGACCGCGGGCCUACAUCACUGGUGCUUUGCUGCCGGGCGAAUUUGAGGCCCAGAGCGUGCAUUUCCAUUGGGGAGAUAGGUACAGUGGAGGCGCGGAGCAUGUAAUAGCCUCUAUGCGGACAGAGGCAGACGCGGAGAUGCACAUCGUGCACAAGAAUAAGCGCUAUGCCACCGCCUCGGAGGCCAGUAUGCAUCCGGAUGGCCUGGCCGUGCUGGCUGUGCUGAUCAGCUCCGUGAGGGUGCCAACCCCCAUGGAAACCGGCCUCAUCAAGAUCUUCAAUCGGCUGCCUCGCAUUGUUCGGUACAACUCUAGAACCACAAUAACUGAGCGCUUCCAAGUUGACGAGCUGCUGGAAAAUGUCAGUAGGGGACGGUUCUUCACCUAUAAUGGAUCGCUGACUACGCCGGACUGUGCCGAGGCUGUUACAUGGAUUGUGUUCCGAGAUGCAAUCGCUCUGAACUAUCGACUAAUUGAGAGACUGUGGAACUUAAGGGAUUCACGCUCGAUGCGCAUUGUCAACAACUAUCGCGCAUUACAAAGCAGAAAUGGAAGGCCAGUAUACUAUCGCAAUCUACGAGGUUUAAAAAAUAUUUUGUAAUUUUUAUAAAAUUAAGAAUUUUGAAAUAUAUUCAAAAGUAGCUUUUUCCACUU